AUGUCAUCCAAGAUCGUCCCCGUCAUUCAACCGGUUCCUCUCCAGACAGGUCCACCAGAGUAUGAAGCUCUGCGGACAUCCAUCCUCGAGGAGUUCGGCAGCACUGUCCCAGACGAGUUCCGUCUUCCAAAAGGCCUCAUCGACAAUCCUCCCAAGAAUGUGACCGACAUCCCCAGAACCUGUGGUAUCUUGACCGAUCAAGAAAUCGAAAUCACAGAGAACUACGACGCUACAGCACUCGCAGCUGCAAUCGCUUCACGAAAAUUUAGAUCCGUUGCUGUCGUCACUGCCUUUGCGAAAAGAGCGAUCAUCGCUCAUCAGCUCACGUGCUGUUUAACGCAAUGGAUGUUCGAGAAGGCCGUUCUGGCUGCCACGCUUCUUGAUCAAUAUCAAGACAACACCGGAAUGACCUGCGGUCCUUUACACGGCGUUCCAAUCAGUGUCAAGGAACACAUGCCGGUUAGGGACCAAUGGUCAAAUGUUGGAUACUUGGCGACUCGAAAGCUUGACACAGAGAGUUGUCAGAUGGUUAAGAUUCUGGGGGAUGCAGGUGCAGUUCUGUACUGCAAGACAAACCAACCUCAGUCAAUCAUGCAUCUUGAGACAACAUCGCCUUGGGGAAGAACUCUAAAUCCCCAUAACAUCAAUCUAUCGGCUGGUGGGUCAACGGGUGGCGAGGCCGCUCUUAUCGCUCUUCGUGGUUCAGUCUUGGGAAUUGGUACAGAUAUUGGAGGAAGUGUUCGUGGACCAGCUGGCUUCUGUGGCAUCUACGGUCUCAAGACGACAUCUUAUGUGUUCCCGCAGAAAGACUUUUUACCAGGAGGUUUCGCCGCUGAAUUGAACGUCUUGUGUUCAGCAGGGCCAAUGUGUACCACUCUUCGAGAUGUUGAUCUCCUCAUGUCGGUCGUCUCUGGUACUCGCCCUUGGCUGAAAGACCCUCGACUCGUCCCUCUUCAUUGGACAGGAAGAUCGACUGAGAACAAGCCAUUGAAGGUUGGUCUCAUGAUCAAUGACGGGCUCAUCACACCCCAGCCUCCAGUAACAAGGGCACUUGAGUGGGCAGCCCGGGAGCUACGAUCCAAAGGAUUCGAUGUCAAACCCUUCCAACCCUAUGGGAUGGCAGAAGCGAUGAAUGGUAUUCGCCGUGCAUACUGGCCAGAUGGAGGCAAAACAGUCAAAGCGUAUCUCGCCGCCACCAACGAACCCAUGAACACCUUGACUAAAUGGAUCAUCCAAGACGCUGAAGGUCCUGGACUCGAUGCCAAUGGCGUUCUCAAGCUCCGUGUAGAACGCGAUGAUUUUAGAUGUCGCUUCGCAGAGCACUGGGAAUCACAAGACGUGGACUUUGUCAUAUGCCCUGUCUUCGUUGGCCCAGCGUGUUCUCACGAGACAGCGCUUUACUGGAAUUACACCGCGCUCUGGAACUACGUUGACUACCCUGGUAUUGUGAUCCCAACGCCCAUAAAGGCUGGCGCAAAAGGAACUGAGAGCUAUCCGCCGAAUAGUACUCCUUUGAGUAAGGAAGAGGAACAGGUCCGGCAAUUCUGGGAGGAAGGCGAUUUUGAAGGGGCGCCUAUCAAUUUGCAGGUGGUUGCGAGGAAAUAUUAUGAUAACGAUCUCUUUGCGGCGGUGACGGAGAUUGACAAGGUCAUCAACAAGCAAUAA